CAGACACUUCCAAUCUCCAACCUCCAGCAUCCAGACAACUCUUGGUCUACUUUAGCAAAGUUUUACACACAACAAAGCCUCACGGUGCAAGACUCUCCAGCUCACACAACAACACCAACAACAACAACACUCAAAACCGCCAUCAUGAGUGCCCCCUAUACAGUUCAGAUCCACCAGAGCUCCAAGGAGCCUUCCAUCCACAGCUCCUACAGCUACUCAUCUGGAUCCUACGUCUCCUCGACAGACUCGACCCCUCGGUCACUUUCCCCUGGAGAGUACCGCGAGUAUGGUGCUGACAAGCACACCACUCAAGUCGCCAAGUCUGGACGAAACACCGUCAUCAACCACCACAAAGUCGGUUUCGAGCAGUACUCGCCCAGCCCAACCUACUCCAACAGCUACUCUCGAUCUUGA